AAGAGGGAAACCCUGCGCGGGUUAUGCCUUGCCCUGCCCCGGGCGAGGGCCGUGUACACGGCAUCGGGGUGUGGCAUUGGGGUGCCUCUCCAGUGUCUCACCCUGCACUCCGCUAUGCGCAAUACAAAGCGUGCACGCCUACUGCGGGAAUUCCGAUAAGCAGUCUGCCGGAAGAUGCCCUGUUGGAGGCGAAGCUGCAUCUCGUCACUGAAAGAGUGGUGGCGAUCCGUGGUCUAGUGCCCUCACCCCCCGGCACCCGCAGGAGAUCUCAGCGGCCACCCUCUUGGCGCUGUUCCCUGCGUCUCCCUGCAGCCCGCGCCGCGUGGCCUCUUUCAUGCCUCACUGGGCGACGGUCGCGCAGCGGAGCCCAAUGA